UCGGCUCCGCCGCAGCGGCUGCGGCCGGGAGGGGGGCGCCGCGGCACGGGAGGAGACCCGCGUCGCCGGCCGAGCCUCUGCCGACCCCAGGGAGCUUGCGGAGGUAGAGGCUGCAUGGCCGCUGUGCCCCGAAAGCGGCGUCGCCCUGACGUGGCCGGCCGCCCCGCUGCAGCCGCACCCGGAGGCGGGAGGGAGCCGCAGCCUCAACCAGCUGCGCACCCCAAAGCAACCGCGCGCGGAGCCGGGAGGGUCCUCAACCCCAAAGUGGCUGCGCUAUGAACCAGGAGGCGCUUGCACCCUGAACGUGCUGCAUUCCCUGAUCUGCGGUGGCCUAACCAGGAGAGACCUGUGCCCCGAAGCAUACUCGCGCCCUGAGCUACUGCACCCUAAAGCAGGAGGGUGCUGUGCCUCAAGGCGUCCCUUGCCUGGUCUGGCCGCACCACAUCGCAAUGGAUAACGUUGUGCCGCUGGAAGCAGAGCUGAAGCACCAGCGGCUGUUCAACACCACGCUGAAUGAUUCUUUUGCCAACCAGUUCAUUCAGCCCCCGUGGCAGGUGGCUCUGUGGGCUGUUGCCUACACCCUCAUCGUGGUGGUGUCAGUGGUGGGGAACGUGGUGGUGAUGUGGAUCAUCCUGGCUCACAAGAGGAUGCGCACUGUCACCAACUACUUCUUGGUGAACCUGGCUUUUGCUGAAGCCUCCAUGUCUGCCUUCAACACAGUGGUGAAUUUCACCUACGCCAUCCACAAUGAGUGGUACUACGGUCUGCUAUACUGCAAGUUUCACAACUUCUUCCCCAUUGCUGCUGUCUUUGCCAGCAUCUACUCCAUGACAGCCAUUGCCCUGGACAGGUACAUGGCUAUCAUCCACCCACUGCAACCCCGGCUCUCAGCCACUGCCACCAAGGUGGUCAUUGGUGUCAUCUGGCUCCUGGCAUUCCUGCUGGCCUUCCCCCAGGGUUACUACUCAGUGAUGGAGAAGCUGCCAGGCCGGCUGGUGUGUCUGGUGGCAUGGCCAGAGCACAGCACCGAUGUGUAUGGAAAAACGUAUCACUUCUGCAUGACCGUCCUGAUCUACUUUUUGCCGCUCCUGGUGAUAGGGUGCGCCUACACUGUGGUCAGCAUCACCCUCUGGGCAAGCGAGAUACCUGGUGACUCCUCAGACCGCUACCAUGAGCAGGUCUCGGCUAAGCGGAAGGUGGUGAAGAUGAUGAUUAUCGUGGUGUGCACAUUCGCACUCUGCUGGCUACCCUACCACAUCUACUUCACCCUGCAGUAUUUCAACCGCGAGUGGUACCUGCAGAAGUUCAUUCAGCAGGUCUACCUGGCUAUCAUGUGGCUGGCCAUGAGCUCCACCAUGUACAACCCCAUCAUCUACUGCUGCCUCAAUGACAGGUUUCGUGUAGGCUUCAAGCAUGCAUUUCGAUGGUGCCCAUUUGUCAGCGCUGGUGAGUACGAGGGCCUGGAAAUGAAGUCAGCCAGGUACCUGCAGACACAGAGCAGCAUGUACAAGGUCAGCCGGAUAGAGACCACCGUAUCCUUAGCGGUUGGUGCAGCUGAGGAGGAGCUGGAGGAGAGCAACAAGGCCAAACGUCUCUCUGUAGACAUGACCUCCAAUGGCUCCUCCCGCAGUGACUCCAAAACUGUGUCCGAAAGCUUCAGCUUCUACUCCAACACACUCACCUAAUCAGCUCCCAGGCUCCAUCAGGCACCCAUGAGAGUCCUGCCAUACACUUUCCCUCACUGGGAUGCUCCAGCGCUUGAUCCAACCAGCAUCAUCACCCUGUUUUGCAGCGUGCCGGCUUUUCUGUGUUGUUUUAUCGCCUCUUGCUGUGCUGUUCACUCACCUGCUGUCCUCGGGUGAACCUGAGGGCAAAAGCUUUGGACUGGUCUCAUGUGCUCCAUUAUGGCUCAUGUCCAAAUGUAAAGAAGGGUUUUCUGGCCUCCACCUUGCUUGCUGCCUGUCCAACCUGCCUUGUGCUGGGUGGGUGGGUAGGAUGCAGAAAUGGAACAUAGCUGGGGGUUUCUCCUAAACCAUAAGUACAAUGCUGGCAGGCAUUUCCUUGCUCUGUGCAAGGCAGCAGGUGUCUCCCAGUGCAUUCAGCCUCCACAGAAAAAUGAACCAGUAUUUCCUGUUCCUACCUUUAAUUUAAUUCUGUCAUUCCUGGUUGAGUAUCCAUAGGGAUAUUCAAUACAAAAAUCCAGCAAAAAUGCUGUUUUCAGCUUCAGGAGUUUGUAUAUCCAAGGUGUACCCUCAGCCACUCAGUGCUUUGUCUCAGAGCCUGGUGUUUUUGCACCAGUCUCAAAUCAUCUCCAGUACCUGCAUUCCUCUGCAUGAUGCUAUUCUGCAGAACACCACUCCACGACACAGCUUUGCAUCAAAACAGGGCACUUGAAAGGGAUUCAGAACUAAGCCAGACUUUGGUUGCCACUAAUCAACCAUAUGUGCCAAAAUCAAUCACUGUGAUUUCCUAAAAGGCCCAAGGAGGUGUGCCUUGCAUAGAUUUUGGAAGCCUGUGGAGGUCUAGAGAAGAAUUGACUGAAUGUACUGAAAAGUUUUUCACAGCUUGGAAAUAUCUAGAGCCAACCAGAAAGGGGCACAACAUAAAAAGUUUGAAGAGUGACAUGAUUUUUUUUUACUCAAAGGAAGGUUGAAAUGAUUCACUUUCACUUCCUUGGAUUUUUUUGUUUUAUCAGGAAAAAUUUUAUUUUUUCCUCCCCCUACCUUGCGCAUAAAACAUUAAGUUUAUGAUGUGUAACUAGGAUAUAUUUUAUGUUUUAGUCCUGUUAAGAUGGUGCAAUAUUUCACUGGAGCUGUUCACAUCAAGGGCUCCUUUGGUCAGUAAAUGUAUGUAUGAAGAUACACUCAA